CCUCGCCCCGACAGCGGCCUCCGGGAGUCGGCGCCCUCCCGCCGAGCCACCCUCCGCCUCCUCUGCAAUCAGCCCACCCGGCAGACCUGGCCCGGGUCACAGGCAGCCCAGGCACAGGCAGACGACCCUGCGCAUGCGGCCCAAAGGAAAAAGAGGUCUAUGUGCGAGAUUCUCCCUCAGCAAAAGCCGACACCGGUGUUUUCCUUGGCCUUGCAAGGUUUGGCUUGAAAGGAGGCAAUGCCCAAGGUUCAGGCUCCAGAUGCAGGCCUGGAGGCACCAGAGCUGUGUUUAAAGAGGUGGGAGAACCCAAUCAACGUCGAGAGUGUAUCCUGGUCCCUGCUGCGGCCUUAGUGCGCCUGGAGCUGCAGGUCCGCUCCGGUCUAGAUGUGAGGGCAUCUGCCCGGCCUAAGGCCGAGUUCCACCCUGGCUUCCCGGGAUGUCGGUGGCUUUCGUACCGGACUGGCUGAGAGGGAAGGCAGAAGUCAAUCAGGAGACCAUCCAGCGGCUCCUGGAGGAGAAUGACCAGCUGAUCCGCUGUAUCGUGGAAUAUCAGAACAAAGGCCGGGCGAAUGAGUGCGUCCAGUACCAGCAUGUGUUACACAGAAAUCUCAUUUAUUUGGCUACCAUCGCGGAUGCCAACCCAACCAGUGCUUCAAAAGCAAUGGAAUAGUCUUCCAGUUGGCUGUUGUGAGGAGUAAUUGAAUGUGAUCUAUGUCCUAUGAAAUGGAUAUUUGCCAACUCAACUGCUUAGAAUGUGAAUGGAACCUCUGUGGCUCUUUUAAAAAUGUGAAAAUGUGAAGAAAGCUACUAACUUAACCAUAUUCUCAGUAUAAAUAUUUAAUAAUUAAGUGGAUUCCCUCAAUUAAGUUGACUCCAAGUGUCCUCCAUCCUGAAAUAAGUGUGUUUGGAUAACAGAGAUAUAAUGGGCAUCUUCAAGUCAACCUUUUUAGUUUCAGCCUGAAGAGGAAACUGAGCAGGUAUUGGGCGAUCAGCAGGAAUUGGUGAGACUUUCCACUGACACACUGCCAAAUGGACAUGUGACUGUUUCUCCCUCCUACCAGUUUGUGGUUGUGGACCUCUGACUGCUCUUUUCAUGUUACUUUGAAAUAAAGCUUGCCUUCCCACAAAAGCCUGAUAUUAAGGUAUAGAAAUUUUCCUGUAAUGUCUUCCACUUGGUUUUUGAGAAAAAGUGUAAGGAGUUAAAAAUACCUGUAACACCACCACUGUUAUUGCUAACAAAAAUUAAUAGUAAGUCAACAAAAAUUAAUAGUAAGUCAACAAAAAUUAAUAGUAAGUCUUAAGUGUCAUCUAACAUCAUCUACUAAUAGAAGAUGUGAUGCUGAAGGAAGAGUAUCUUUUUCUUUUCUAUCCUUUUAAGGUUCUCAGCUAGGCCUCUAUAACAAAAGACAGAUUAACAGAAGAAAAGCAUAUGCAUUUAUUUAAUAUAAGUUUUACGUAACAUGGGAGCCUUCAUAAGGAAACAAAGACUCAAAGAAACAGUUAAACCUGAGCAUUUUUAUAUGAAGUUCGAUGAAAAGUAUAAAGUUGUAGAAAAAUGUGAUGGGACAUAAUGGUAUGAGCUAAGUGUAGGAAACUGGGGGAGAUGUAACAAGGCCUUUUCGUUCAAAAUCUCUGUCCCUCUGGGUGUCGGAAGGCACCUCUCGUAUGAGAGUCACAUGACCUGCUUUAUGGGAGGAGGUCUGAGAGUCCUA